AAAAAAAAAAAAAAAAACAGGCGUGGCGAAACGGACCAUCCGAAGAAGCUCGUCUGUUUUCUCUAUGAGCUAAAUUCAUCUCUCUCGCGUCAUCACUACAAAGAUAAAGAAAAUUUUGUUCUAUUUCCAUUUUCCCAGCUCACCAUCUUUGAGUUUGGAUUUUCUUCUUUGAUUAAUGGAGUCCACCGCUUAGACCAGCAGAACCCGAAAUUGGGAAAAAGGGUUAAAGAAGAAGGAGAAAAAGGAGCAGUCUUGGGUACUGUGAGACAUAGUUGUUACUGAAGGAACAGUCAUGGCCGUGGAUGAGAAUGGUUCGUUGAAUCGGACGGAUGAUAGUGUUGUAAAGCAUGAUUCCGGUGCCGUUGAUCAUCAGUCGAAUCAGAACGGUGAGACACGGUCAACGAUACCUAAUGAUCAGAAUAUUCAGAUGAUGAUGUCUGUUAAUCAUCUACAACAGCAGCAACCCCAGAAAACGAGUGUGCAGCAUAAGGCGCAAAUGGGUGUUUUUCAACAGCAGAAGCAAAGCAUCAAAGGCAAUGGAGUGAUGGGUCACCAUAAUUUUCAACAUCAGCAUCAGAUAAUGAACGGUGUUGAUUUGAGUAGAAAUGGAGGUGUGGGUGAUGAGGUUCAUGGUGGGGAAGGGUUUAACAGAGAGAUGAAGGAUUUGGAGGAAAUGCUUUCCAAAUUGAACCCCAUGGCUGAAGAGUUUGUGCCUCCCUCACUCUCCACCAACUACGCAGUAGUGCCAAUCUCUCCUGGUGGAGAACAAUUUGGGUUUGAUCCUUUCAGUUAUGCAAUGCAAACUGGACAAGGCGAUGGAACUUUCAACAGAAGGAAGAGAAAUGGCUAUGGUCUUGGUAGGAGAAGGAUGAAUGUCCGGACAAGCAUGGCCCAACGUGAAGAGGUUAUUAGGAGGACAGUUUAUGUGUCUGACAUUGAUCACCAGGUGACUGAAGAGCAACUUGCUACACUCUUUCUUACCUGCGGGCAGGUGGUUGACUGUCGUAUCUGUGGAGAUCCCAAUUCUGUACUCCGUUUUGCAUUUAUUGAGUUUACUGAUGAAGAAGGCGCAAGGAGUGCUCUGAGUCUUGCAGGAACUAUGCUAGGAUACUACCCUGUGAAAGUGCUUCCCUCUAAAACUGCUAUUGCACCAGUUAAUCCAACUUUUCUUCCAAGGUCUGAAGAUGAAAGGGAGAUGUGUGCAAGAACUAUAUACUGUACCAACAUUGAUAAAAAGGUUACUCAAGCAGAUGUCAAGCUCUUUUUUGAGUACUUCUGUGGAGAGGUUAAGCGCUUGAGGUUGCUUGGUGACUAUCAUCAUUCUACUCGCAUAGGUUUUGUUGAGUUUGUUAUGGCCGAGAGUGCCAUUGCUGCACUGAACUGCAGUGGUGCAAUCCUGGGAUCACUCCCUAUAAGAGUAAGCCCAUCGAAGACUCCUGUCCGGCCGCGCACUCCCCGCUCGGUGGUGCAGUAAUAUAUCACUUUGCAUUCACCAUCUGAUCUUAUAUUUAAUAUAUACGUAGAUACAGAUACCAUCGUGUACCUCAUGGCGUUUGUCUUUUGGUUUAUUAGCGUUACUCAACUCGGCAUCUCUCACCUUCUUGAUACUCUUGUACUGUUGGCUGGUUUGUGAGUUUGCUUAUGUUGAUGUAAUUUAAGUUUGGUAUGGUAUUGCUAGCUAUUUAUGUCUCUGUAGGCAAUGCCUCGAGUACCAAUACUGCUAACGGUGACUUCUGAGCAAGUUCCAACUUCAAACUUAAAAAGGAGUGUAAUCUCUUCCUUUGUUCUAUAUGGCUGUUUAUUAUU